UCACAGUAAAGCUGGGUUCAUUCACCUUAAACUACAGAAUGGCUCCAUCACCCUGAGACUCCAACUGACUGACUUGUGUGAGAUAAAUCAGCUGCUGAAGGAAAAGAUUUUUUAUAAAAACUGUAUCGUUCAGCUUACUUUCUUGACCAUCUUUGAGGUCACAUUCUUAAAACACUGUAAAGGCCAUUCUGCCAUUCUGAAUGGAGUUGCCAGUUGCCAGCGAUGGUGUUGAUCUGGCUGCAUACAGACCCAGAGUUCCUCUGUCAGUACCAAAUGGGAAGGAGACACCUGUACGGUUUAAUGAGUCUGGUUACUAUCAUUGUUAUGGUGACAGAAACAGUGUAGCAUCCCAUGGAUCUGUUGCUCAAACUGGCUACGAAACUCUGGACACCCCACCACACUAUGACUUCUACGCCAACUCAGAGGCAUGGGGCCGUCGGAGACGCUUCAGACCAUCUCUGUACCAGCUAUAUGCCAACCCUGGGGAUGACUCCAGACCUCCCAUGUAUGAAGAGACAACAGGUGAACAGAUGGAAGGAGGGGACAGCUCUGAGGAAGAUGAGGAUAGGCAAAAGGAUCCACCACCUGAGCCUACUCGCUUUGGCUGGGUACAGGGAGUCAUGAUCCGCUGCAUGUUAAAUAUCUGGGGGGUAAUCUUAUACUUAAGGCUGCCUUGGAUUACAGCUCAAGCUGGUAUAGGUCUGACCUGGGUGAUUAUCCUGCUAUCUUCUCUCAUAACUGGGAUCACUGGUCUCUCUACUUCAGCUAUUGCCACCAACGGCAAAGUCAAAGGAGGUGGGACCUACUUUCUGAUCAGUCGUAGCCUGGGUCCAGAGCUGGGUGGAUCCAUUGGUCUGAUCUUUGCCUUUGCCAAUGCUGUGGCUGUGGCCAUGCACACCGUAGGCUUUGCUGAGACUGUUACAGAUCUUAUGCGUGAAAAUGGAGCUGUAAUGGUGGAUCGCACCAAUGACAUUCGUAUCAUUGGCAUCAUCACUGUCACAUGUCUGCUAGGCAUCUCAAUGGCUGGCAUGGCAUGGGAAUCCAAGGCCCAGAUUCUGUUCUUCCUAGUCAUCAUGGUGUCAUUUGCCAGCUACAUUGUCGGAACAAUCAUCCCUGCUUCACCACAGAAACAAGCCAAAGGUUUUUUUAGCUACAAAGCAGAUAUCUUUGCUGCAAAUUUUGUGCCCUGUUGGCGGGGGCCAGAGGGGAGCUUUUUUGGCAUGUUCUCCAUUUUUUUCCCAUCAGCCACGGGAAUCUUGGCAGGAGCUAACAUCUCUGGAGAUCUGAAGAAUCCAACAGUGGCCAUCCCCCGAGGAACACUGAUGGCUAUAUUCUGGACCACCAUUUCCUACCUCAUCAUCUCUGCUACUAUUGGAUCCUGUGUGGUACGGGAUGCGUCUGGAAUACUAAAUGAUACCCUGUCUUCCUCCUCAUCCAGCGAGACUUGUGUUGGUACAGCUUGUCAAUAUGGAUGGGACUUCAGCGAGUGUAUCAAGAACAGCACAUGCACCUAUGGCAUCAGUAACUUUUAUCAGUCGAUGGGCAUGGUGUCAGCCUUUGCCCCCCUCAUCACUGCUGGUAUAUUUGGAGCAACUCUAUCCUCUGCUUUGGCCUGCCUGGUGUCUGCUCCCAAAGUCUUUCAGUGUCUGUGUAAGGACAAACUCUACCCUCUCAUUGGCUUCUUUGGUAAAGGUUACGGCAAGAAUGAUGAACCACUCAGAGCCUACCUCCUGACGUACAUCAUUGCUGCCUGCUUCAUUCUCAUUGCUGAGUUGAACACCAUCGCUCCCAUCAUCUCCAACUUCUUUCUGUGCUCCUACUCUCUCAUCAACUUCAGUUGCUUCCAUGCGUCAAUCACCAACUCACCAGGUUGGCGUCCAUCCUUCCGGUUCUACAGUAAGUGGCUGUCGUUGCUGGGUGCUGUGUGUUGUGUGGUGAUCAUGUUCCUGCUGACUUGGUGGGCAGCCCUCAUUGCCUUUGGAGUUGUCUUCUUCCUUUUGGGGUACACAUUGUACAAGAAAGCCUGGUAAACUCACACGCACUCACACACUGUGAACUGGGGCUCAUCAGUGCAAGCAGGCGCUUACUCCAUCGCUCUGAACCAGUUGGUAGGCCUCAACAAUGUAGAGGACCAUGUCAAGAACUACAGACCACAGUGUUUGGUACUGACAGGUCCUCCCAGCAGUCGUCCAGCUCUGGUGGAUCUAGUCAGCUGUUUCACCAAGAGUCUUAGUCUCAUGAUGUGUGGCAAUGUGAUCAUUGCUAGUCCCUCCCCAACAGCAGUGGAGAAAGUGAGCAGUGACAGUCAUGUCACCUGGUUGAACCAGCGGAAGGUCAAGUCAUUCUACAGAGGAGUGGUGGCUACAGAGCUCCGAUCAGGAGUUAGCAUGCUGCUACAGGGGGCAGGUUUGGGUCGUAUCAAGCCAAAUGUUCUGCUGAUGGGUUUCAAGACAGACUGGUGCAGUGACACACCACAGGCUGCACAUAACUACAUAGGAAUACUGAAUGAUGCAUUUGACCUGCAGUAUGGUGUGUGCAUGCUGAGAAUAAGGGAGGGACUGGAUAUCUCUCAGCCAUCUCAAGCACACGUCAAUCAAGGCUUUGAUGGAGCACCAGACAGUAUAAACACGACCUCUGCCCCUGCCUGCAUUCAAACAAGUAUCACAUCUUCUGUCUCUAUUGAUCCAGCGCCUCAGCCAAGUACAGUGUUUCAGAAAAAACAAGGAAAGAAGACCAUUGACAUAUACUGGCUGUCUGAUGAUGGAGGUCUGACCCUGCUGCUGCCCUACCUACUGACUCGCAGGAAGCGCUGGGCCAGGUGUAAGGUCCGAGUGUUUGUGGGAGGAGAUACAGACAAGAAGGAGGAGCAGAAAGAGGAGGUAUUGGCACUGAUCAAGAAGUUCCGUCUUGGUUUCCAUGAUGUUGAAGUGCUUCCUGACAUCUACCAGAAUCCCCAGCCUGGGAAUGUUCAUCAGUUUGAGAACAUGGUGGGUCGCUUCAGGCUGGAUACAAACCCCAAGCUGGACUCUGAUUCUGGGCCACCAAGACAGCAGGAGGAGCCCUGGAUGAUUACUGACCAAGAUUUAGAGAGGAACAAGGCCAAGACUCACCGUCAGAUCCGUCUAAAUGAGGUUCUGCAAGACUACUCCAGAGAAGCUGCCCUGAUUGUUAUCACCAUGCCAGUGGGGAGGCGAGGAGUGUGUCCCAGUACUCUCUUCCUGGCAUGGCUGGACUUCUUGUCACGUGAUCUGAGACCCCCAGUCCUAUUGGUCAGAGGAAACCAGGAAAAUGUUCUCACCUUCUACUGCCAGUGAAAUGUGUCCAUGAGUCUGCACAUAUCAUGGAGCAAAUUAUUUCCAUUAGUGAUUGCAAAGACAAUUAUUUAUCUAAAUGAUUUGUAAUUUUAUCCAAUUAUGUGCACAAAAAAAUUUUUUUUUUCCUUUCCUGAAAUUUAUUACACAAAUUAAGACAAUAUGAUUGUUGUUACUAACAGGUUUGAAAUAAUGUAAGAGCAAAGGAAGUUGUGAAGGAUACCAUUUGUGUACAUAUUUACCAGUUUUAAACAGCAGGGGGAGUCCACCUGUCUCAGCUUUACCUUUAAUCAAUAACUGCAUGCAAAUUCUGAGCAGUGCCACAUAUUCAUCUGGUUCGUUUUAUAAACACAUUCUUUGUCUAUAUAUAAGUCUAUCUAGUUGUUAAUUUACAUUUUCAGAAAACACAGAAUCAAAAUGUAGCUGAUUCUAUUUGUUGUAUUUUUGACACAUAGUGUAGGACAGCAGGCCAUAGUGUGGGAUAGCACCUGGCCUGCAACCUUGAGACCCUGAAUUCUUAUCUUAUCAGCACCACAGGUGUUCUCUUCUAACAGACUUUUAACCUCUCUUAAAGGGAGCUUAAAGGGAACUCCAGCAGACACUGGCAGUUCAUGUUGACCAUCAGCCAAAGCUGAUCUCAAACACAGCUAAUAAAAGGACUGUAGUCAAGUCAGACACAUUGAGCUCAUGACAAAGGCUGAUCUCACAGCAUUUGCCUUUUACCAGUUGUCCACACAAUUCAUCAAUGACUCACUGUGGAAAAACUACACAACUGCACAAAUAUGAUCCCCCUCAGUAUGUCAGACUGUUUUGUAAACCUAUACACACUGUUAACUCACCCAAAGAUAUGUUGUUCCUAAACAUUUUAGGCCAGACAGAAAUUUAAAUUAGUCUUUUGACAGACAUAAAAUUACAUCUAAAUUAUUUACAAAAGUAUGAAAACAUCUAGGGCGAUGUGUGAAAGCAACACUUUCAGAGAGAAAACUUUUUUUUUUAUUUCUGUUUUAUUGAGAGUCAUAGAAUGGAGAAUAAAAAGAGCCACCUAAUGACAAUAUGAAAAAUAACAAAUCUGACCUGUAAUGGCAUUACUUCUUCUGCAAUAAGAAGGUCCUGAAUAAAACUGAUUAACAUCC